GCGUCGCAGCGAACUCCGGCAUCUCAGUCGUGUCUGGCAUGCCGCACUUUGCAGCAGAGGGUCCACUUGAUGAUGUGGGCGCCCUGCCGGCGCCCCACGGAGUCGCAGACAGCUCCAGCACCGGUCUAGAAGCUGCCGGCGCGGACUUCGAUCCAUCCGACGAAGCCGGGAGUGGAGGCGACAACGACUGCCCGGAUAUGCUGCACGUGGUCUUCGCUUCGGAUGAGAAUCAGGUGGAAGGUGUGCAGGCAAGUGUCGCCUCGGUGGUGUCCGCAACAGCAUCCCCAGACGAACUGACCAUUCACAUUAUUGUCCAAGCUCGAUCUCUCAAUACCUUCAAGGAGCGGUUCGGUAUUCGUCCCGAGUGUCACGCGACAGUCAGCGUGACCGGCGUCUUGAUCAAGGUCCAUUCCGUAGAAGGCCAACUCAUCGAGAAGGCAGUGGCGAAGGUUUCGUCAAGCUUGCGCAAGGAGCGGGGAGCCAUUGACACACCGGAAAACUUCGCCAGGUUUUAUAUGCAUUUGAUCUUAGAAAGAGCAGUUGUCAUUUACUUGGACGCAGACACAAUUGUCCAGGCUGAUCUAGCUGAGCUACGCAAGCAGCUGCUGGCCAGUGGGAAAACCAUUGGCUUCGUAGCGCGCGAGAAUGAGGUUAGAAUGGACAAAUUUCUCAGAAAGCCCAAAGGUUGCAGCGCGCAACUUGGGGCGAGCUGGAAGACGUUGAUGUCCCUCCAGGCCUACAACGUGGGAGUCUUCGCAGUUAACCUCCAGCGCUGGAAAGACCAGCAAGAGUCCCGGAAGCCGCUGCAGAUCGCUGCAGCAUCACAUUCGAGGUGA